GGGUUGUUGGCAAUUAACAAAAGCAGAACCCAACAACUGUCCAUUGCAGUGGCUUGCGAGUAACACAUGAUUUUGCCCAUGAGAGAAGGUAACGCUUGGGGCAGCACAACACAGAGGGUAAUACCCCAAAAAGCAAAAGGUGGGUCAUGAGGUAAAAUAAAAUUCACAGCAAAAAAAGAAAAUCAGUGAUAUUACUCACUCCCCUACCACCCCACAUCACACCAUACACUCACAGAUCUCUAAUCUCUUGCAAAGUAAAAAGCUUUGCAAGCAACAAAACAACCCCAUCACCUAAAUCCAGGAAAAGGCCAUUUCUUUACAUCUUCCAUGACCUGGGUAUGGUUUGUCUUUGAGUGAACCAAACAAGCCUUUCUUCACUUCAAACUCUAUCUUCUCUUUAGCACUUCUCAUAACUUCACACUCUCUCACACAGCUACCCCAUGUUUUCUCUCUCUGUUACAUCUCUGUCUGCCAGCAUGUCAAUACAAGUUAAGUUUUUGUGUUGGUCCCGGAGUGAAUCAGUGAUGUUUCACCCCUUCUCUUGAAGGGUAAGUGGUGAAAGAAGGUGAAUAACAGUUCUCUUUUGGGUAGUGCUGUCUGCAUUUGUGUGUGGUUUUGUACUCUGUGUACUUCUGCUUCAACAUUUGUGUCUGCAUUAAAGAUGAGGAAGAAUGGAUGGCAGCUACCUUAUCAUCCUCUCCAGGUGGUGGCUAUUGCUGUGUUUUUGGCUCUGGGAUUUGCAUUCUAUGUGUUCUUUGCUCCUUUUGUUGGGAAGAAGAUGUAUCAGUAUAUUGUUAUGGGCCUCUACACACCCCUGAUUACUUGUGUAUUUGGACUGUACAUUUGGUGUGCAGCAGCUGAUCCAGCAGAUCCAGGGGUUUUUAAGUCCAAAAAGUAUCUUAAAAUUCCAGACAGCAAAAAGUUUGGUGGACUCAAAGAUUCUAAACUAGGAGGGGAUUCAACUUCUUCGGUGCAUGACGGAAAUGCUUCAACAGUUGGGCCAAAAUCGGUGGAGAAGGAAACAUUGGGAACAGAACCAAAUUUAAAAGAUGUUGCUAUUUCAGCAGAGGAGAAGAAUGCACCAUCACCUUCUUCAUCCUGUUUCCAGUUGGUUUGCUCUCCUUGUGCAUAUGUCUGUGGCUGCUCUAGUUCAAGUAAGGAAUCUAUUGAUCAACAAGCAAGUGAAGAUGGCAUGUUCUAUUGCAGUUUGUGUGAAGUUGAGGUCUUCAAGUAUAGCAAGCACUGUAGAGUUUGUGACAAGUGUGUUGAUCGCUUUGAUCAUCAUUGCAGAUGGCUCAACAAUUGUAUUGGGAAAAGGAACUACAGAAAUUUUUUCACCCUUAUGGUUGCUGCUCUCCUCUUGCUUAUUCUUCAAUGGUUGACUGGGAUACUUGUGCUUAUCUGCUGUUUUGUUGAGAAGAAGAAAUUUUCUGCGGAUAUCUCCUUGAAGUUAGGGAGCAGCUUCUCUCUGGUUCCCUUUGUUAUUGUGGUGGCAGUCUGCACCAUUUUGGCUAUGAUUGCUACCUUACCCCUUGCGCAGCUUUUCUUCUUUCAUAUUCUUCUCAUUAAAAAGGGAAUCAGUACAUAUGAUUACAUCAUAGCUUUGAGGGAGCAGGAGCAGGAACAGCAAGGUGUUGGUCAGCAGAGUCCUCAAAUGUCACCUGUUAGCUCGCUUACUGGAUUGAGCAGUGCAAGCUCCUUUACUACUUUUCAUCGCGGUGCAUGGUGCACACCCCCACGCCUGUUCCUUGAAGAUCAGUUUGAUGUGGUGCCCCCAGAAACCGCGUCUGUAAGUUCCCUGGGAAAGAAAACAAUGAGGGAAGAGCCAAUUAAGAAAAAAAAUCCUGCAGCAGUCAAAAUUAGUCCAUGGACGCUGGCACGACUCAAUGCAGAAGAGGUUUCCAAGGCUGCUGCAGAAGCAAGAAAAAAAUCAAAAAUUCUUCAGCCUGUGACAAGACUUAACAAUGAGCCUUUCAGGCUAGAACCAGACCACAACUCUGGCAGCAGUGGACGCCGACUAGGCCCUCGGAUUGAGAACAACAGAAGACGGGCAGGUAAACGCGUUCGCUUGCCAGCAGACUUACCUAUGGAGGCCCUAACAAAAUUUUCUGCUGGUAAUAUUGAUAAAGGCUUCAGUGGAACAUCUAGUUUGGAACCCCUCCAGCUUGAAGCACGAAGUGCGUUUCAAACAAGCCAAGCAGUGUCAAGCUCAGCUGGCAUUGUUGCUUCUUCUCCUGAAAGCAGUUUAGACUCACCUGACAUUCACCCAUUUCGUGUGUCUUCUACAGAAGCCGAAGAAGCAAGAAGGCUUGCAGGUCUUUCUGCUGCUGGUGCUGCAGCUUUGAAGGGAAUUCCAUUGUCAAGGUCAACUAGUGAUGGAUAUGAGGCCUCUGGUGGGGAAGAUAGUGACAGGGUUCCAACUAGAUUUGUUCAGAGAUCUACAAAUUGGACUAAUCUUCUUUUCAGUGCUGAUCAGGAUGAGAGAGCCUUUGAGCCAAAAUCAUCAUCCAGCAUGGUUCAUAGUAGAAAGUUGUGACAAUUUGAGUGUUAAUUAGACAACUAUCUUUCAGAUUAUAUUGAUGGAGAAUUGUUCAUUCUUUGAUUUGUGAGCUCAAAGCUACAUCAUCAACAUCACUUUAACCCUCACCUUCUUGAGGUUGAGUUGAUGCCCCUCAAAGUUAAGUGGGAAGUGGGAACCCAUGUACAAAGUUUUAGGUCACAGGAAUUGAUGAGCCUGAUCUUCCUAAUAUAUUGUUGUUUUG